UCUGUUUGUAUCUUAGAACGAAGGAGCAUCACUGGGAAAGACUUAUGCUGUAAAUUAACUUCGCGGUAUAGCAGCUUUGAUACGCGUUAGUCUCGGAAGACCUGUAUCUUCUCACAGCCUGUGCAAUGCUGAGGAAACUGGCCUCCACUUUGUAAAGUGAGCUCUGGUGCUUGCGAGCUAGCUCCUGCUAGCUUAGCUACUCCCAACAAUGUCUGGACUUCCACAGAAUAACUUGAAGGAGCAGCUGGAGAAACACAGCACUGCAGCUCAGAGCAGGCUGUGUCGGGAUAAACCUAAAGCUGGAGCCUUUUCUUUCAAAAAGAAGUCCCCAGCUGGGAUAACCAAAGUGGAAGUUCCUGCGAAGGUAACCUCCUCAUAUGCUUUGGCGAGCCGAAAUGUCAAUGUCCCCACAAACACCUUGGUGACUAAAUCUCCUUUGACAUUUUCAAACAAGCCUGAGAGACUUCAAAAACCCAAACUCCACGACUUCUUCUCAGUAAAAUCAAACUCCAAGUCCAUCAGUCCAGCAGUUAUCUCGUCUCCUGCCUCCUACAUUCCUUUAGCUUUAUCCAGCAAGGCCAGUGGCAGCAAUGGAGUCGACUCCAGCUGUUUGGAUGCAUCUCCCGGGAUCUCGGUGGAUGACUGGGAUGAUCUUGAUGACUUUGAAAUGCCUGCAAUUGCAAAACAUGAAUCUUUCAGUUCAGAAAAUUCAGCUAAGAGUUCUAAGUCUUUGUCAUCUGCUAAGAAAGAAAAGCUCGUCCAAGACGCCUCUCUGAUGAGCAGCAAAGCUUUUGAAGAGUCUUGUUUGGAAACCGUUGAGCUUCAGUGUGACGCUAACAAGGCUGCAGCUUCACCGGGACCCAGUUUGACUGAGGAACCAGUGGAGUUUGCAGUAGACGAUACUCCUGUCAAGAAGAUCAGAAGACGUCCUCCUCCGCUUGUUACUUCUGUUUUGAGUGACAGUGAAGAGGAAAAGGAUGUGGAGCUUCCACCUUUUGAAGAAAAGACAGAAAAUAAGAAGGGUGUGAUUGAUCCGAUUGUAAUAAAUAUUGACGACGACAUGGACCCUGAAGAUGACCUUGAUUGCAUUCCACCGUCACCAGUCCCCGAUGACAGUCCUCAUUCAACUCCCUCAUUGGAGACAAGAUUUAAACUGUCUGAUGCCCAGAACAGAGACAGCCCUGGAGUCUCAAUGCGUCCCAUCACAGCACUACAAAACACAUCUGCUCAGUGCGCCUCAGUCAAAACAAAUGAAAAGCUCUUCAGUCUCAUGGAGUCCAUUUGUGCUCUUGUCGACUCCAUCCCCGAGCACGAACUGAUUGCUCUGUCAUGUGGAGAUGAACUUUUGCUGAAGAGGGCUCAAAGGAAGAGAAUUCUUGCGACUGGUGGCGUGUCCCUGUUGAGUGCACAGCAGCCAGACAGCACAGUCAUUUUUGAACCCAGCUCUAGAAAACCCAGCUCUUCUUCCACCUAUGGCGCUUCAGUUGUCAAACCGUUCAGCAGCAACUCAGGUUAUCUGGACUCCGUGAAUCCUCAGAAGAAGGGAUCGUCUGUCACUUGUGCGGACUAUGACGUCAAUCACGCCAGCAGUUUGAGUCACUCGAAGCCCUCUUACUGUAGAGACAGCAGGACUAGUUCUGUGGAAAAUUGGAGUCCCUGCGACUCUCCGUCAACCCACAACCGUUCCAAACCAUCUUUUAAUUUGACUGAGGAAAACGGUCGAGACUUUGGUGACUCCGAUAUCUUGUUCUCACCCAAGAGGCCAGAGACUAUUCAGAGCAAGUCACCGAUUGCGACGUUUGCAGCUGCAGAAGAUUUUGAAGCGGACGACUUUGACAUGGACGACUUUGACAUCGAUGACUUCAACGACUCUGAUAUCCCCAAUUACUUCGAUGAGCCUCCAAGCUCAUCAGUUUCAGGACAAAGCAGCUUCAGUGCGACUCCAGCAGUGAAAGAGGGCGGACCAACCAAAUCCUCGUGGAAAAAACCCACAACGCCCGUGUCUACACCAAAACCUUCACAUAUUUCUUCUCCAGAACAUAACUUCAGGAACCCAGCUCACGAUCGCUUCAGAGGGUUUAACUUCCCUUAUUCACAAGAGAUGAUGAAGAUCUUUCACAAGCGUUUUGGUCUCCAUCAGUUCAGGUUUAAUCAACUGGAGGCGAUCAACGCUACGCUCCAGGGGGAGGACACCUUUGUUUUGAUGCCCACAGGUGGAGGCAAAAGUUUGUGCUACCAGCUGCCUGCCUGCAUCUCACCGGGAGUCACUGUGGUCGUGUCUCCGCUCAAGUCACUAAUUGUUGACCAGGUCCAGAAGCUUACCACCCUUGAUAUUCCUGCAACAAGUCUAUCCGGUGAUAAAAGUGACAGCGAAGCAGGAAGGAUCUAUAUGCAGCUUUCCAGGAAAGACCCCAUCAUUAAACUGCUGUACGUCACUCCGGAAAAGGUGAGCGCGAGUAACAAGCUCAUCUGCGCCCUCCAGAACCUGUAUGAGCGAAGCCUCCUGGCCCGGUUUGUCAUCGAUGAGGCUCACUGCGUCAGUCAGUGGGGCCACGACUUCCGUCCGGACUACAAGAAGCUGCACGAGCUGCGUCAGAAGUUCCCCAACAUACCGAUGAUGGCUCUGACGGCCACGGCCACCCCUCGCGUGCAGAAAGACAUCCUAAACCAGCUAAAUAUGUCUCGGCCGCAAGUGUUCACGAUGAGCUUCAACCGAACAAACCUGAAGUACUCCGUGCUGCCAAAGAAACCCAAAAAGGUUGACGAGGACUGCGUCAGCUGGAUCAAGAAGCACUACCCCCGUGACUCUGGCAUCGUAUACUGCCUGUCUCGUAACGACUGCGAUGCCAUGGCAGAGAGUCUGCAGAGAGCGGGCCUGUUGGCCUUGUCGUAUCACGCGGGGCUGAGUGACGCAGACAGAGAAUACGUGCAGAACAAGUGGAUCAAUCAGGACGGAUGCCAGGUUAUUUGUGCCACCAUAGCUUUUGGAAUGGGCAUCGACAAGCCCGACGUGCGCUACGUGAUCCACGCCAGUCUCCCCAAAUCUGUGGAGGGUUACUACCAGGAGUCGGGGAGAGCAGGCAGAGAUGGAGAGAUCUCUCACUGCAUACUCUUCUACUCGUACGCCGACGUCCACCGCAUCAAGAGGAUCAUCAGCAUGGACAGAGAAGGCAACAGACAUGCCAAGACCACCCACUACGACAACCUGCACAGCAUGGUGCACUUCUGUGAGAACGUGAUGGAGUGCAGGAGGAUCCAGCUGCUCGCGUACUUCGGAGAGCUCAAGUUCAACCAGAGCUUCUGCAAAGACCACCCGGACGUCAGCUGCGACAACUGCACCAGACCGAACCAAUACAAGAUGAGAAACGUGACCGAAGACGUGAAGAGGAUCGUGAGGUUCGUUCAGGAGAACUGCGAGAAAGUUGGAGCGAGGUUCGGCAACAGCGGAGGGAAACACCGACUGACUCUGAACAUGCUGGUGGAUAUUUUCAUCGGAGCUAAAGCUGCAAAGGUACAGUCGGGAAUGUUUGGGGUCGGAGGAGCUUACUCCAGACACAACGCAGACCGUCUGUUCAAAAAACUGGUUCUGGACAACGUCCUGAUGGAGGACCUGUACAUCACCAAUGCCGGCCAAGCCGUGACUUACAUCUCUGCUGGAGCGAAGGCUUCAAACGUGCUGUUCGGACACAUGCAGGUGGAUUUCUAUGAGACGGAGAGUGCGUCUGGUAUCAGGAGACAGAAAGCUGCUGUGAACAAUAAGAUCUCCCAGAGAGAGGAGAUGGUCCAGCAGUGUCUGAAGGAGCUGACAGAUCUGUGCAAGCAGCUGGGCAAAGCGUUCGGCAUUCACUACUACAACAUCUUCUCCACAGCCACGCUCAAAAAGAUCGCUGAGAAGCUUUCGUCUGAGCCUGAAGUGCUGCUACAAAUCGACGGAGUGACCGAAGACAAGCUGGAGAAGUACGGAGCCGAGGUCAUUAAGGUCCUGCAGAAAUACUCUGAGUGGCAGCUGCCAGCCGAGGAGCCUGCAGAGAGUGGAGGAGACGGGUGGAUUGACACCACCCGAGGCCGCUCGGGCAUCGAGUAUUCGGACGACGACGACGCGGGAUCCUCCACGUAUUUCCGGAAGCAGGGCGCGCAGGGCCAGAAAAGAAAGAAGGCUCCGUUUUUCAAGUAUUCAAAGAAGAAGAAAGGAUAUGGCAACUCGAGCGCCUCGUCUAAAGGGCGCGGAUACAGCGGCAAUAAGUCGUGGUCGUCGUCCAGGGACGGAUCAAAAGCUGCAGGUCGGGGCAGCGGCCGGUCAGCGGGAGACGCGUCGGCAGGCAGGAGACCGGGCAUCAUGACUGCCCCGAUCCCUCAGAGCAACCAGCGGCCCUUUCUGAAGCCGGCGUUUUCACACAUGAGCUGAGCUUGCUUUGAAUCUCCACUGCCACAAGAGUUUUCCUGCAGUUUUAUUCAGAGCUGACGGCGCCUCGUUCAUCUGUUUAUUUAAGCUCCUCGUGUGGUCUGUUUAAAUUUUUGUACAGUUCUGAAACUCUAAUGUACAGUU